AUGGCAGGGAGGCGUUUGCCCUCUACCCCUACAGCCCUCUACCCCUACAGCCCUCUACCCCUACAGCCCCCUACAGCCCUCUACCCCUACAGCCCUCUACCCCUACAGCCCUCUACCCCUACAGCCCCCUACAGCCCUCUACCCCUACAGCCCUCUACCCCUACAGCCCUCUACCCCUACAGCCCUCUACCCAUCCAGCCCUCUACCCCUACAGCCCUCUACCCCUACAGCCCCCUACAGCCCUCUACCCCUACAGCCCUCUACCCCUACAGCCCUCUACCCCUACAGCCCUCUACCCCUCCAGCCCUCUACCCCUACAGCCCUCUACCCCUACAGCCCUCUACCCCUACAGCCCUACACCCCUACAGCCCUCCACCCCUACAGCCCUCCACCCCUACAGCCCUCUACCCCUACAGCCCUCUACCCCUACAGCCCUCUACCCCUACAGCCCUCUACCCCUACAGCCCUACAGCCCUCUACCCCUACAGCCCUCUACCCCUACAGCCCUACAGCCCUCUACCCCUACAGCCCUCUACCCCUACAGCCCUCUACCCCUACAGCCCUCUACCCCUACAGCCCUACAGCCCUCUACCCCUACAGCCCUCUACCCCUACAGCCCUCUACCCCUACAGCCCUCUACCCCUACAGCCCUACAGCCCUCUACCCCUACAGCCCUCUACCCCUACAGCCCUCCAGCCCUCUACCCCUACAGCCCUCUACCCCUACAGCCCUCUACCCCUACAGCCCUCUUCCCCUCCUUAA